CGUUACAACCAGAAUAUUUAUUGUCUUCAAGUCGAAGUCCUUACAAGUUGACAUAUACGGAUAUGAUUUCGGACAUCUGUUUCUGUUUCGUCAUUCUGCUGUUGAAACAUAAUUUGGCGUGUGAUGAUGUGAAGUUUGUCAGAGAUGAAGCAGUGACUGGUUCUAAAAGUGACACCAGUUCUUUAACUUUGGCCUACGACGUGAUAAAACAAUCAGAAUGUGCCAUUUACUGUUAUAAUACCGCAGAAUGUCAGUCAUUUUUCUAUAAUAAGGGAACAUGGACCUGCCGUCUCCAUUCCAGUUUGUUCCGAGCGACAGAUUCUUCUCUCGUACCAUCAGCGGGAGAUGAGUACUUCAGGCCCAUAGCCUGUUCGGCGUUCAGAGUGAACACCGUGCCCUUCAGCUCUCUGAACACAUCAACCACGAAUGGCACUGAAGCUCUGAACGUCGUCUGCAACGACGGGUAUAAGAUGACGGACGACCCUGGGACAAUGCUGUGUGAUAAUGACGGAUUCUGGCCAACCAUCACUGGCACAUGUAAACAAAGACACUGGAUAAACCCGCCUGUUACAUUCGGUGAGAACAUUCCCGGAAACAUGUUCGUUGGAGCCAGCAUCAGUUACACCGCUCGCCUGACUGGACGAAUGUACACGUUAAACGUAUUCUCCGACAAUGCGGACAUCGAACUGCACGUACUUGCGCGGGACGACGGGUCGGUGUGGGGCAGGCAGAGGCUGAAUGGCACAUGGGUGAACACCGUCACUGACACUCGGGACCCCUUCAGGCCUCUCAACACGACAUUCACCUGCCUGAUGGAGACCAAGAAGGACAAGAUAGAGUUCUCAGUGAAUGGGUCCGAGUAUUUCAGCUUCCCGUAUAUACAAGGCCCUACUGAUAUCUACCGAUUUGUCCUGCAGCAUGACCUCGAGCUCCUGGAGGUGGACAUGCGGAUAUAGGCGCCGGGACGAGCACAAUGAGUGCCAUGAUGAACUGAUUGCAGCAGGAACCUGUUAUGUUAUUGUGUGUACACCUAUGUUAAAUAUACAAACAUCUAAAUAUACAAUCAAAGCUUUCUGAUUAUGUACGCAUGAAGUAGUGCUGACAUUAGUAAACCAAUGUAAAUAUAUUUAAAGCCGUCUCAUUUUAUUGCAAUGCUGAACUUUGCUAUUGACACGAAUACAUAGAAAGUAUAGUAGUAUCACCGACUGUAUUUAUUAUUUUUAGUCUGUAAAAAUAGUCAUGUGACGUGCGUGGUAAUGGUUCAUUGUUGUCGAUGUCUCAGCUAAGGUAUGGGAUUACACAAAUAACGCUAUGAAAAUAAUCAUGAAUAGAUCAUGACCAUUUGUAUUGUCCGUGAUGACGCGUGGCCGGUUCGACUGGACCCCGCAAGGAGUACCCAGUUGUUCCACAUGCUCACAUUCACAAUAAAAUAAUGUUAUGUAAUUUGUGUCGCACCUAUAAAGGAAGGGAGGGUUUUUUGCGACAUACACAAUUACACCGUUUUAUUUUUUUCAAAUAACAAAGUGAUAAAUUUGAACAUUAUCUAGCGUCUAAUCAUGGGGAGGGUACCAUGGCCAAUCCCCCCCCCCCCCCGCGGUACUUUUCUGUCUAAGCAUGUGUCUUGAACUAGAAUUCUGCUUUGAAUGUUUCUAAUACUAGACAAUUAAAUAAUAGAAAAAAACCUUUCGUUGUUCGUAUCUUUCUUAAAUUUCUAAUUGUGUGUCCAUAUUUCAGAGAAAAACGUUGGGCUGUGCGAGUGUUUUACAGACUUCCAAACUCGCCCUAAUUGUGUCUUUGACAUGUGCCACUCUAAGCGUCCUUCCCUCCUCAAGCUGGCACCCAUGGUUGGUUUUUGUUUAAGGCAGCACUUGGUUGUAGGGCGGCGGCCUGAAGAUAAUCGAGACUAGGCCCGACAAUCAAGUGACAAUCAGGAGAAUCUGCGCAAUGUGGAUACGAUGACAUGCACCAACCAGUGAGCCUGACCACCCGAUCCCUUUAAUAACACGGGUAGAUGACCACGUCAAACCCAGAACUUCACCCGUGUUCUAGUAUCUGAAAUAGAUUUCACAGCUGCGUUACACUCAGCCCCACUCACUGUACAAAUCUCAGAAUCGUCCCAUUUCCCGGAACAGUGAUAAACAGCAAACAGAUGCAAUAUUCACAUGCUGGUAGUUACAGUAAACGAACUUAAUGCUUUUUCAUAUCCCAAUAUAUGUUUAUUGGAGGUUCCUUUUGAUUCGACUAAUUUGAAAGCUUCACGUGUAUACACUGCAUCUUGAAAGUGUAGUAAAGAACUAUAUAUAACUUUAUAACAACAUACGAUGAUGUCAGAACAUCUCAACCCUACAAUAUGUUGUCAGGAUGUUGCUAUUUCAAGCAAUCUAGAAUAACAUUUCCCUAGAAACCCAUCUCUGUUUUGUUACAAUCUCAUCAGAUAAUUGCAUUGUCUGUGUCUAGCCCGCGGGACAUACAUAUAAGAUUUAUAAGUUCAAAGCUGAAAACUAUUCACGAUGAAACAAACCAGUACGCACUGAUCCCUGAAAAACAUAUACGUUAUUAUUCACCGAGGAAGUAAUUCUAACAUGGAAACCGGCUAUGAUAUAUAAGCUGCUAGGCAAAGUCAAUCAUCGAUCAGUGUCUUGAAAACAUGAUACAGCCAAUUCUAAGAAUCACCAAUUAACCUCACAAUGGUGGCGUUAGAAAAAGGUGAACAUGAAGUGCCAAGGGUACACUCGAAGGUUCAGGCCACAUUCUACAGUUGUAGUCGUGUAACGCACUGCGCCAAGUGCAGGUCACAUUAUACAGUUGUAGUCGUGUAACGCACUGCUCCAAGUGCAUGCCACAUUUACAGUUGUAGUCGUGUAACGCACUGCUCCAAGUGCAUGUCACAUUGUACAGUUGUAGUCGUGUAACGCACUGCUCCAAGUGCAGGUCACAUUGUACAGUUGUAGUCGUGUAACGCACUGCUCCAAGUGCAUGCCACAUUGUACAGUUGUAGACUGUAACACACUGCUCCAAGUGCAGGUCACAUUGUACAGUUGUAGUCGUGUAACGCACUGCUCCAAGGGCAGGUCACAUUGUACAGUUGUAGACCGUAACAUACUGCUCCAAAUGCAGAUCACAUUGUACAGUUGUAGGCUGUGUAGUGCACUGCUCCAAGUGCAGCUCGCAUUGUACAGUUGUAGGCUGUGUAGUGCACUGCUCCAAGUGCAUGUCACAUUUUACAGUUGUAGACUGUAACAUACUGCUCCAAGUGCAGGCCACAUUCUACAGUUGUAGACUGUAACAUACUGCUCCAAAUGCAGAUCACAUUGUACAGUUGUAGACUGUAACACACUGCUCCAAGUGCAGGUCACAUUGUACAGUUGUAGUCGUGUAACGCACUGCUCCAAGUGCAGAUCACAUUGUACAGUUGUAGACUGUAACACACUGCUCCAAGUGCAGGUCACAUUGUACAGUUGUAGUCGUGUAACACACUGCUCCAAGUGCAUGUCACAUUGUACAGUUGUAGACUGUAACACACUGCUCCAAGUGCAUGUCACAUUGUACAGUUGUAGACUGUAACACACUGCUCCAAGUGCAGGUCACAUUGUACAGUUGUAGUCGUGUAACACACUGCUCCAAGUGCAGAUCACAUUGUACAGUUGUAGACUGUAACACACUGCUCCAAGUGCAGGUCACAUUGUACAGUUGUAGUCGUGUAACACACUGCUCCAAGUGCAGGUCACAUUGUACAGUUGUAGUCGUGUAACACACUGCUCCAAGUGCAUGUCACAUUGUACAGUUGUAGACUGUAACACACUGCUCCAAGUGCAUGUCACAUUGUACAGUUGUAGACUGUAACACACUGCUCCAAGUGCAGGUCACAUUGUACAGUUGUAGUCGUGUAACACACUGCUCCAAGUGCAUUCUACAUUGUACAGUUGUAGACUGUAACACACUGCUCCAAGUGCAUGUCACAUUGUACAGUUGUAGACUGUAACACACUGUCUAAGUGCAGGUCACAUUCUACAGUUUUAGUCGUGUAACGCACUGCUCCAAGUGCACGUCACAUUGUACAGUUGUAGUCGUGUAACACACUGCUCCAAGUGCAUGUCACAUUGUACAGUUGUAGGCUGUAACACACUGCUCCAAGUGCAUGUCACAUUGUACAGUUGUAGACUGUAACACACUGCUCCAAGUGCAGGUCACAUUGUACAGUUGUAGUUGUGUAACGCACUGCUCCAAGUGCAUGUCACAUUGUACAGUUGUAGACUGUAACACACUGCUCCAAGUGCAGGUCACAUUGUACAGUUGUAGUUGUGUAACGCACUGCUCCAAGUGCAUGUCACAUUGUACAGUUGUAGGCUGUAACACACUGCUCCAAGUGCAGGUCACAUUGUACAGUUCUAGUCGUGUAACGCACUGCUCCAAGUGCAUGUCACAUUGUACAGUUGUAGUCGUGUAACGCACUGCUCCAAGUGCAGGUCACAUUGUAAAAUUGUAGACUGUAACACACUGCUCCAAGGGCAGGUCACAUUGUACAGUUGUAGACUGUAACACACUGCUCCAAAUGCAGAUCACAUUGUACAGUUGUAGACUGUAACACACUGCUCCAAGUGCAGGUCACAUUGUACAUUUGUAGACUGUAAAAUACUGCUCCAAAUGCAGGUCACAUUAUACAGUUGUAGUCGUGUAACGCACUGCUCCAAGUGAAGGUCACAUUGUACAGUUGUAGACUGUAAAAUACUGCUCCAAAUGCAGAUCACAUUAUACAGUUGUAGACUGUAAAAUACUGCUCCAAAUGCAGGUCACAUUGUACAGUUGUAGACUGUAACAUACUGCUCCAAGUGCAUGUCACAUUUUACAGUUGUAGACUGUGUAACAUACUGCUCCAAGUGCAGGUCACAUUGUACAGAUACACACUGCAACAUACGGCAUCGCUCAAGUAAUUUGAGGUCGUCAUUUCAUAAAUAUGUAGGGUUAGACAUGAUGGUGAUGACAUUGUGAUUUGGACAGGCCCUUGCCAUUAUACACAUUUAUACAUGCAAAAGGGGGCACGUGUGGCCUGAUAGUGCCUGGAGGUAUUAAGAUAGUGCCUUCCACAUCCCUUCUGGUUUUCCUCAGACAUCAAGAGGACACGCCAUGAGACGACAGCAACGUUACUUAAAGGGAAUUAGACAAAACACAUUCACUCACUCACAAUAACGACGCAACUGUUUUCAGCAAAUGAACUUGUGACGUGGUCAGACCUAAAGCUGUGGUAUGUCGGGAACUACGAGUGAGUGAGUAGUGAUGCAGAUCGCACAUAUUCACGCGUCUUUGGAACAUGCGAGUACGGCUGUGGUGCCGACAAACUAUGAACCAGGGCGAAUCUGGAAUUCGAACCUACGACCAAACGCCUAAGGGAUGUAACUCUUCUCAGCGUACUGCGGCGCUUUUUGCAACUGGAUAUGUCUACCUCCACUACAUUGUAGAAGCGUCACAACCAAUAAUACAUCAUUAUUAGGAUCCAUGAACAGUGGGGGGCACGGGUGGCUGUGCA